ACUUGAAAAACUUGUGUUGUGCGACAAAUGAAAUGACAGCUUAAUCUCAUGAGAAUUGGGUUUUAUCACACCUGCUGGCUGAUCAGCGAAUGGCGCCAAUUUCCAAGGUUCAGGUUAUGUUCAGGUUAUGCUCAGCUGUAGCACGUUAAUAAUUUAAAGUAGAAAGUAAUCAGUGGCGGUGAAUGACACGAAUGCGGAAGAAAGUGAAUUCGAUGACACAUUGAUGUGAUUGACACCGCGAGCUAAGGCUAUUCCGGAAAAUACGGGACAGAAUGGAAUCUAACGACACAUAUCAAGAGGAGAGCGACAACGAGGCAAAAGACGGCGAUGUAAAUCUCACGGAAAUUCCAAUAGUGAAUAAGCUAUUCGAUGUGCAUUGCAAAGUUGGGAAAGGUGCAUUUAGCUCUGUCUUUUUGGCUACUCUGAAGUCUUCCGAUGGACGGAGCAGUUCUUCGGUCAAGAAGUUUGCAUUGAAACAAUUGAUUCCUACCUGCCAUCCCAACAGAAUCAAACGCGAAUUGCAAUAUUUGCAGCAGAUAGGAGGGGAAGACUACAUCGUUGGAUUAGAAUUGUGUCUGAGGCACCGCGGCUCUGUGAUAUUUGUAAUGCCAUAUAUGAGGCACGAUAGGUUCUCGGAAUACGUUCAAGAUAUGACUGUUGAGGAAACGAAGGAUUACAUGAGAGCGCUGCUAACUGCUUUACGGAGGGUUCACAAAUUUCAUAUCAUACACAGAGACGUGAAACCGACCAACUUUCUCUAUGAUCGUAUAAAUAGAAGAUAUUUGUUAGUGGACUUUGGUCUUGCGCAAGAAUGUUAUGCGGAGAAAUUUAAUAGUAUGAGAAAACUAAGUGAAGAGAGCACCAAGCAACCAAGCACUGAAGCACACGGUACAAAGCGGAAGAGAUCUAAUGAAAAUAAUGUCAGCCAAUCUGAGUUUUCCGCCAGGAGAAACGUGAUUAAUAAAUGCCAUUGUUUUGGGAGACCCAAAGUGUGCCUGAUAUGUUUGAAGCAACCGCAGCAAAUGGCACCUCGUGCGGGCACGCCUGGCUUUCGUGCUCCAGAGGUUUUACUGAAACAUGUUUUACAAACAUCAGCGAUCGACAUCUGGGCUUGCGGUAUAAUAAUGCUAUGCAUACUCAGUGGUUCGCAAUCGUUCUUCCGUUCACCCGACGACUGUACGGCUUUAGCAGAAAUUACAACGUUAUUUGGCUCUAAAGAAGUACAAAAGUGUGCACAAAAAUUAGGUAAAAGAGUUAUCUUUAGUGAAAAUUUGCCAGGAAUGGACAUUAUGUCUUUGUGCUUAAAAUUAAAACAAAGAAACAAAAAUAUGAUGUAUGAUACAGAGAAUAGUAUACAUAAGGUACCGCCAGAUAUCGAAUAUCCCAAGGAAGCCUACCAUCUUUUGAUGAGACUUCUAGAUCUCGAUUACAAGACGCGUAUUACCGCAGAGCAAGCGUUGACUCAUCCAUUUUUGCGUUCGUGACGUAUUGAUACAUGUUUCAGAUGUGUUAAUACGUUUUCAAAUACUUCACAGGAACAAUUUAAUGAUUGUUUCUUAAAAUUACUGCCUUAAUUUAUUUAAAUUUGUUAUUUUAAAUUGCGUCUCUUUAUUAAAAUAAAU